AUCCUCCCUCUGUCAAGAUGUGGCACCUCAAACUUUGUGCAGUCCUCAUGAUCUUCCUCUUGCUGUUGGGCCAGAUAGAUGGCUCCCCAAUACCAGAAGUGAGUUCAGCAAAGAGAAGGCCACGGAGGAUGACCCCAUUUUGGAGAGGGGUUUCCCUCAGGCCCAUUGGAGCCUCCUGCCGGGAUGAUUCUGAGUGUAUCACAAGGCUAUGCAGGUACUCCACGAACCUGGGAGUAGGGUUGGGCCAGAGAGCCCUGGAAAGCUGGGCAGAGGAGUGACGAGGGGACACAUGAACCUAAGAAUAAAGCUGGGAUGGAGGAGUUCUAGGCUGAGACUGGGAGCUCCAUGGAAAAUCCAUUAGGCGUUAGGAGCCAAGAACAGCUCCAUGUGGGUACCAUGAAAGAGUGGUGCCUUUCCAUUCUUCAGUCUUUCCUGAACUGGAUAGAUCAAGUGAAGAGGAAGGAAAUGCAGCAUAGGUGGCCCUGGUCAUUCCUAGACCCAGUCUUAAACUACCCUUUCUUUUCCCCUAGAAAAAGACGCUGUUCCUUAAGUGUGGCCCAGGAAUGAUGUACAUACCAGGGGAAGAAAGGACAGCAGUCACCUCUGACAAUGCUCCGUUCUAUGGAAUAUUGAUUAGCUGCAUUUUGGCUGGAGACACACAAGUGAAGCAAUCUUGUAUUUUUAAUAUUUAAAGGCAGAUGUAUGCUUUAAAUUGGUCUCCAUUUCUUCUUAGAAUGUUGAUAUAUGGAUAAGUAUAACUAAACUUGUCAAUUUAGAGUUUAUUUUUCUAUGGAUACUAUUAAAUGUCUCAAAUUGAAA